CAACGGUCAACCAGCACAGCUGGGCAACGGGAUUCACUGAUCGAAUGGUUUACGUUUGCGGAUCCUUCAGAAACGUAAAUAGUGCAUGGCAGCUGCAGCAAUACAUAGUAUAUACCUUUUAGAUUAUUAGUGCUUAUUGACUUAUUGAUUGCAAGACGUAAUUGCUGUUCCAAGAUGUGGAUAAUACCGAUUGAAACGUCGAUGUUAUAUCAGGAUCAACUUUGCUGCGUGUAUUCUCCAUGCCAGGCGUGUUAUGAUUUCGGGAAGAUGCAGUUCUUUAUCAGUAGUUCGUUGCAUAUCUGAGCUAUCUAAGAAACAGUGCAGUACAGGAGCGCACGGGUAUCAUAAAAAUUUUCAUUUCACUGAAAGUGCUUCACUUCCUAUUAUUGAGGGGAAAAUGAAAAAGUUGAGUAACAGUAAAGCGCCUUUUCUUUCAUCCAUCAAGAUGGCAUCAACAUCUCGACAGGAUAGCAAAAGCGAGCCUGAAGUGAAGAAAAAUCGCUUGAGAUUGGAAAGAUCGCCGUAUUUAUUGCAACAUGCAACCAAUCCUGUGGAUUGGUAUUCUUGGGGCGACGAAGCUCUGGAAAAAGCAAAGAAGGAAAACAAGAUAAUUUUUGUGUCAAUCGGUUACUCUACGUGUCACUGGUGCCAUGUGAUGGAGAAAGAAUCAUUUAAGAAUGAGGAAGUUGCAAAAAUCAUGAAUGAGAAUUAUGUAAAUAUUAAAGUAGAUAGAGAAGAGAGGCCCGAUAUUGAUAUGAUGUGCAUGAUGUUUAUUCAGAGAUUGAGAGGUCAUGGAGGUUGGCCAUUGAAUGUUUUCCUGACACCAGAUUUAAUGCCGAUAACAGGCGGAACAUAUUUCAGCUGUGCAAUGUUUACAUUAUACUUGACACGAAUUGUGAAGGAGUGGACAGAAGGAAGAGACAAAAUGGUCAAAUCCGCCGCUAUUGUAUCGGAUCGUUUGAAGGAAUUAAGCACAAGCAGACAUGACAUAAAAGACGAUGGAGUUCCUGCGAUUGACUGCGCUUUUUUGUGUGCUCACGUCUUAUUGAAUAUAUACGACGAAGAAUACGGCGGAUUUGGUAGCUCAUCUGCUACGAAUCCGAACUCGCCGAAAUUUCCCGAGCCGACUAACUUAAAUUUUCUUCUCAGUAUGCAUGUUCUAAGUACCUCGACUAUGUUGGUUGAGAUGUCUUUAAAUGCAUCUUUGAAUACUUUGAGGAAAAUGUCUUUUGGCGGACUUCAUGAUCACGUGGGGAAAGGAUUUCAUCGAUACACUGUAGAUGCUCGAUGGAAAGUUCCUCAUUUCGAAAAAAUGCUUUACGAUCAAGCUCAGCUUAUACAAUGCUACGUCGAUGCGUACAUCAUUACAAAAGAUUCUUUUUUUUCCGAUAUCGUAGACGAUAUCGCAACGUACGUCCUACGUAUGCUGACGCAUAUGGAAGGCGGUUUCUUCAGUGCGGUGGAUGCGGAUUCACUACCUACGUUUGAUGCCCCAGCGAAACGGGAGGGCGCAUUUUAUGUUUGGAGCUAUGACAAUCUUAAGGCUCUUUUAAAAAAGAAAGUACCUGGUAAGGACAAUGUUACAUAUUUUGACCUUAUCUGCCGACAUUUCUCAGUGCGGAAGGAAGGAAAUGUAGAAAGACCACAAGAUCCUCAUGGCGAGCUUACAGGUAAAAACGUAUUGUCGAUGCAGUCGGGAAUAGAAGAUACUGCUAAUCAUUUUAAGCUUAAUGUAAAGGAGACACAAAAAUAUAUUAAAGAAGCCUGUACUACCUUAUAUGAAGACAGAUCACAUAGACCCUGGCCUAGUUUGGACGAUAAGAUGGUCACAUCAUGGAAUGGUCUUAUGAUAAGUGGCCUUGCGCGUGCUGGAAUAGCUGUAAAAAACAAGGACUAUGUUGAAGCAGCAACGGAAGCUGCCACAUUCGUGGAAAAAUAUCUGUUUAAUAAAGAUAAACGCAUAUUACUUCGCAGUUGUUACCGCAGGAGAGACGACAAAAUUGUACAGAGGAGUGACCCGAUACCUGGCUUCCAUGAGGAUUAUGCGUUCUUCGUGAAAGGAUUACUCGACUUGUAUGAGGCCACCUUUAAUCCGCAUUGGGUCGAGUUUGCCGAAGAGCUGCAAGAUAUUCAAGACCGAUUGUUCUGGGACUCGGAAGAUGGUGGUUACUUUGCUAUGGCCGAAGAGUCUCCGAUACUAACACGGACGAAAGAUUCUGACGAUGGCUCGCAACCAUCUGGUAAUUCAAUUGCAUGUUCAAAUCUGUUGCGCCUAGCGAUUUACUUGGAUCGCGACGAUCUCAGACAUAAAGCUGAAAAACUUCUGUGUGCAUUCGGCAAUAAACUUGCGAAUUGUCCGGCUGCAUGUCCACAAAUGAUGUUAGCGCUGAUCGAGUUUCACCAUCCAACACAGAUUUAUGUAGCAGGCAAAGCAGAUGCUAAGGAGACGAUUGAAAUGCUGGAAAUAAUCCGUUCGCGUUUGAUACCUGGUAGGGUGUUGAUAUUAGCUGAUUCUGAGGACAACGUAUUGUUCCGUAGAAACAUGAUUGUUAAAAGAAUGAAGCCGCAGAAAAACCGGGCGACGGUUUUCAUAUGCCGCGAUUAUUCGUGCACCCUACCCAUUUCAAACCCUAACGUUUUGAUUUCUGAGUUAGAUAAAAAGGUAUUUACCGAUUUGUAAGUGGCAAGGCUGUGCAUCGAUCAUGGUGGUGAAAACAACGAAAUGAGGGAGAUCGCCGAAAAUCAAAUAAUAUAAUGUUAAAUAGUACAAUAUUAGCUCGCGUAGUUUAAUGUAUUAAGUCACUAGUACGACCGAGUACAUUCGUAAGCACAAAUAAAUCAGCAAUAAUGUCGCAAUUGAUAAAUAAAUGUAUAGGUAUUCAUAAAGAAAAAAAAA